AUGAAGUUUAAGGUGGCCGUGGCAAAGAAGACCCUUGAUAUCUCCAAGAGAAAGGACUUGCCAGAUCUACUCAUUCCUUGCUUUCUAGGCCUUCUCCUAUGGCCUAGUCUUGAAGAGAAAAAUGUAGAUGUCUAUGCCUUUCUAGUGGACAAGAGUUGCCUGAAUAUCAUUGACAAGCUACCGAGAUUUGUUGCAGGAAUGGAAGUUGGUCUUAAACUAACUGCUGUAAGGGCCUAUUUAAAACAACUCUUCAUUGCUCUAAAACAUCUUAGAAACUAUGGCGUCCUUCAUACCGACAUUAAGCCAAAUAAGAUGUUGGUAAACGAGGCGAAAAAUGUUCUGAAGCUUUGUGACUUUGGAAAUGCUAUGUUUGUAGGGAAAAAUGAGGUCACACCGUACCUUGUGAGCCGCUUUUAUCGUGCCCUUGAAAUAAUUCUAGGUUUGACUUAUGAUCAUCCUGUUGAUAUGUGGUCCAUUGGUUGCUGUUUGUUUGAGCUUUAUACAUGGAAGGUUUUAUUCACUGGUGCUACAAACGAUGAUAUGCUUCGCCUUCACGUGGAACUGAAAGGCUUUUGUAGUAACAAGUUUCUCACUUGUGUUUUUCUAUCGUGGCCUACAUAG